CACCCCGUCCUGCACGUCGUCGACCAGCACAUCCUCGUCUUCGACCCCGAGGAGCCCGGCGGUCCCCCCGGCAGUGUGCUGCCCGCCCGCGGGCCCAAGCACCAGGGCAAGGACCUGAAGUUCGUCUUCGACCGGGUGUUCGGGGAGGGGGCCACACAGGAGGAGGUGUUACAGCACACCACCUGUGAGGUGUUGGACAGCGUUCUCAAUGGCUACAACUGCUCCGUAUUUGCCUACGGCGCGACGGGAGCAGGAAAAACCUACACCAUGCUGGGCUCUGAGAAAAGCCCCGGCAUCAUGUACCUCACCAUGAUGGAGCUGUACAAGAGGAUCGAGGCCAGAAAGGAGGAGAAGAGCUGCGAGGUCCUGGUCUCCUACCAGGAGGUGUACAACGAACAGAUUCAUGACUUGCUGGAGCCCAAGGGCCCUCUGGCCAUCCGGGAGGAUCCCGAGAAAGGAGUCGUGGUUCAGGGUCUCUCUUUCCACCAGCCCGCGUCGGCAGAGCAGCUUCUGGAGAUGUUGGCCAACGGCAACAAAAACCGUACGCAGCAUCCCACUGAUGCCAACGCCACCUCCUCCCGCUCACACGCUGUCUUCCAGAUCUACGUGAAGCAGCAGGACCGUGUUGGCGGCCUCGCUUGGGAUCUGCAAGUGGCCAAGAUGAGCUUGAUCGACCUGGCAGGCUCGGAGCGAGCUUCAGUCACCAACACCAAGGGAGAGCGGCUCCGGGAGGGUGCCAACAUCAACCGCUCGCUGCUGGCCCUCAUCAACGUCAUCAACGCGCUGGCUGAUGCGAAGAGCAAGAAAACCCACAUUCCAUACCGGGACAGCAAGCUCACGCGCUUGCUGAAGGACUCCAUUGGCGGCAACUGCCGCACCAUCAUGAUCGCUGCUGUGAGUCCCUCCAUGCUGGCCUACGAGGACACCUACAACACGCUCAAGUAUGCCAACCGGGCCAAGGAGAUCAAGCUGUCGCUGAAGAGCAACGUGCUCACCUUCGACUGCCACGUUAGUAAAUAUGCCGUGAUCUGUGAGCAGCUGAAAGCGGAGGUGGCAGAUCUGCGGGCGAAGCUUCGUGCCUAUGAGGACGGUGCCCGGCAGGCAGAGAACCAGGCGCCGGCGCCGCUGGCUCCCCGCAGCUCGAGCCCGGUGGGGCUGCCCAGGUUGGAGGAAGCUGUCCUGAAGACGGGCUUGGCCCUGGAUGAUCAGAGGGAGAGUGAUGGAGAGCAGCAGGAGCUGGAAGCUGGAUGGCCUGUUCAGCUACAGCUGGAAUCGGAGGAGAAGGCUCCAGAGGAAAUGCCUCCCAGCAGCCCUAGAGCAACCCACCAGACAGAUGUCCAGCUGGAACCGAAGGAACCGAGCCACCUUCUACAGGGGUUGUAUGGCAGCCAGAGAGAAACGCUUGUAGCCGCUAUCCUGAGCAUUGCCCGAAAGCAGUAUUCCCUCCUGAAGGCUGCCAACCUCUUAACUCCUGACAUGGUCUCUGAAUUUGAGGAACUGGAGCGCCUGGUCCGUCAGGAGGCUGGUGUAAGCCUGGAGCAAGCCACGUCUCCGAACAGACCCGCAGAGGUCAGCGGGGCCACCCCAGCCCAGCGGAUGCAGCAGGGCUGCGACGCAGAGGCGUCUGUUGCUGUGCCCAGUGCCCCUGUGACGAGCGCUGCCCCGCAAUGCUCGCAGCAGCUCGCUCCGCUCUCUAGUCCCAUGCCGGUGGCUCCCAGCCCGAUUAGGAAGAGGAGGAGGUCUGAGAUGAACAGCGCUUCCCAAUCGGGAACUCCCCGCAGCCUCAAAAUGCGGAUGAAACGCCAGCGGAGAGGUGGGAAAGAAGCAGAGACUCCCAGGGCGAUGGAGAGCGUAGGCAACCCCUGUCUCAAAGGAGCAGCCCAGGCACCCUCUGUCUCCCUGGUGCCAUCGUGUUGCACCCCCAAAAUCUGCCCGCUGACGGUCACCAAAAGCCGCACGCCCCUGGCGAUGUCAGCUGCCCAAAACUGCUACACCCUGCCUGCCCUGCCCGUCCGCGACCUGAAUGUGACUUUCGAGAUCUGCGAGGACAGCGGUUCACCCGGCGCAGCCAAUCCAGCUGCCUUCAGCCUGCCUGAAUUCCCCGUCUGGGAGAAUGUCCAGAGCCGCCUAAACGAGCAGGACAGCCCCUUCGUGCCCAAAGCCCGCGUCCCCGUGUUUGCCAUGAGGGGUUCCUCCAUCCCCAAGCCUUCCUCGGUCUCCAAAGCAUCUGUACCGAAGCGGAGGCGAGUGGAGAG